GGGGCCCCUCAGCCGGAGCCGCCAUGUCCGUGGCGUUCGUCCCCGAGCGGCUGCGCGGCAAGGCGGAGGUGAACCAGGACACGCUGCAGAGGCUGCUGGAGGAGAACGACCAGCUGAUCCGGUGCAUCGUGGAGUACCAGAGCAAGGGCCGGGCCGCCGACUGCGUGCAGUACCAGCAUAUCCUGCACAGAAACCUCAUUUAUUUAGCUACAAUUGCUGAUGCCACUCCGCCCAGCACACAGAAGCCUGUAGACUGACUGCAAUACCUGGACAUGAGCAGUGCUGCUUUCAGAGGCUGUAGAAAUAAGAGUCCCUCUUAGAGAGCCAAGAAAGUGUGUGUUUGAAAAAAAAACAGGUAAAAAGUGAUCUGUACUUCUGUGUUUAAAAUGUGAAGUAGUUUUCAGUGCAGUAUUAGGCCAGCUUUUCCCCCGUUACUGUAACUAACAGAGCUUAAGAAUGAUCACAUUCCCUUUUCCCUCUGAAAAACUCAAUUCGGUGUACUUCUGGGAAUAGCCUGGUUGUCAGGACAGCACUAUGGGAAGCAGAGCCCAUUUCAUGAGUAAGGCUCUAUAAUAACGAAUGUUAUGCUAGGUGACUCAUACCUCCAACAUGACAAAGUCAGGCAUGUGUUCCAUAUAUAAAAGCAGUAGACUCUUUUGUAUCCUGUAUCAGAACAACUGUGCUAAAUAAACUAAAGAUGUUCUUUGUCAA